CGUUUCGGCCUCCCCGGCGGCUGGCCGGAGCAGGAAGGAGCUGGGUGCGUUUCUGCCUUUGUAAAAGUAGUACCUGCAGCCUGAAGGUGCGAUUCGGAGUGUUUUCACUCAGGGUUUUAAAGGAUCGCGCACGUAGCUAAUUAUAUGUGUCGUUAGACAUAGAUACGGGAGUGUUAAUAUAAAGAGCCUGCCUGGAGAAGAACAACAGCAAAGUGACUAUCGUCGACUCAUAAAUGUGGGACUAUUCCUGUGGAGUGAAGAGAUUUUUUUAUAGCAUAGGUUAAAAUUAAAAAUAUUUUAGUAAGAAGGAUCUUUUUUAAGCUGCGUAUUGUUCGCAUAAAUAAAAAACUUACAUGCAGGCUAAUUUUGGCAGCGUCCCUUUAAAUAAACCAGUUUAUUGCUCAAUUACAUGAAAAGUGUAAGAUGAUACUGCUGAGAACAAGGAAAAAGACUGAAGGAGCAUUCAGUAUGGCUUCUUCUCCAACUCUACUCAUGCGAGUGGUGGCCUCUGCAUAUUCUGUUGCAGAAAAAGCUGCAAGAAUUGUUAGAAAUGUAAUGGCUACCGGAGAUCUGGGGAUAGUGGAAAAGUGUGGAGCCAAUGACUUACAGACCAAAGCUGAUCGACUGGUACAAAUGAGCAUUUGUGCUUCACUGGCACGGAAGUUCCCCAAAGUGACAAUCAUAGGAGAAGAGGAACUGCCCCCUCAUGAUGUAAGUGAGGAAUUGAUUGAAGAUGGCCAUUGUGAAGAAAUACUAAAGAAAACUUGUCCUCCUCAGUAUGCAGGAAUUAAAGAGGAAGAGCUUGUUGUCUGGGUUGAUCCUCUGGAUGGGACCAAAGAGUACACUGAAGGUCUCCUUGACCACGUAACAGUUCUUAUUGGAAUUGCUUAUGGAGGCAAAGCAAUAGCAGGAGUUAUUAACCAGCCGUAUUACAACUAUGAGGCAGGAGCUGAUGCUGUACUCGGUAGGACAAUCUGGGGAGUCUUGGGCAUAGGUGCCUUUGGAUUUGAGCUCACAGAAGCACCUGCUGGGAAACACAUCAUUGUUACCACCCGUUCUCACAGCAGCACCCUGGUAAAUGACUGCAUUAGUGCCUUGAACCCAGACAGUGUCAUCAGAGUUGGAGGAGCAGGAAACAAGAUCAUCCAGCUUAUAGAAGGCAAGGCAUCUGCUUAUGUAUUUGCCAGUCCUGGGUGCAAGAAAUGGGAUACAUGUGCACCUGAAGCUAUUUUACAUGCUGUGGGAGGCAAGAUAACUGAUAUCCAUGGAAAUUCAUUUCAUUAUAACAAGGAAGUGAAACACAUGAACUCAGCUGGGGUUCUUGCCGCUUUGAGGAACUAUGAUUAUUAUGCAAGUUGUAUUCCCAACACUGUUAAACAAUCUCUCGUGCCUUAAAGCGGGAGAGGAUGUUAACUUGUCCUGGAAAGCUGAUAAAGCAAGCUUGGAGGAAAAAGAAGAAAGAAGAUACUGAGCUUGAAACUUUGAGCCUAAUUCUUACAUUAGGCUUUUCAAUAAUUUCAAAAUUACAUACAGGCUAUCCAGGUAUAUUGUUGGAUCAAUUUGUUUAGUUGUGUUUCGCAGACACAUUGUAAUGGUGAUGUUUUUCUUCUGUAGCUGUUUUCCAUUUUUUUUGGAAGCAGCAUAUCAUUCUUCAUGUGAUACGACUGUGCUGAAUCCAUAGCUAAUCAUAAUGCUACCAUCCAAAAAUCAUCUUAAUAUUCAGGGCACAAAAUCAUGUUAAGUCAUUUACCCUACUUUGUGCAAUUGUUGUUGUUGUUGUAGGUAGUCAACAAGGGUUGUGUUACAUACCAAUGGACUGAGAAUUUAUCUUAAUAGUGUAGCCCUUUAUAAUAAACUUGAUAGGUUUAAUUCUUAGAAGUGAAAUGUGUUCUUUUAUAAGCAGGGAUAUGUUUGAGGAGGGAAUGGAGUUGGUUUGGUUGUGGUUAUUUGGCUUCCCUUAACAAGAAGGGCUUCCACAAACAAUACUGAGGCAGUUUAUUUCCUGCAGGACUUUUAUCAUACAUAUGUAAAAUGAGCGGUUUCCAGCCGAUUAAAUUUAGUAUUUAAUCAUUUGCAAGGAUU